AUGCUGAAGACAUAUUGGCUUCUGUUAAUACCUACCAUUUUGCUUGUGCGUUUCCUUUACUAUCGAUACGCCUCUUCACUGAGGCAUUACCCUGGUCCUAUACUUGCUUCCGGCAGCAGGGCCUGGAAAGCAGUAUGGAGCGUUUGGUCUGGACACACGGAAAUCGACCACAUCAAAGUCCAUGAGAAAUAUGGACCCGUGGUGCGCAUCGCUCCAAAUGAGCUCUCUUUCGCAUCGCCCCUUGUAGCCAAAGAGGUCCUCUCCGCUGGGAAGGGUUUUCAUAAGACCGAUUUCUAUGGUGUCUUCCCGCCACCCGAGAAUCCAGACAUUUUCACCGAAACUCGUGAGGCGGUCCACGCGGCAAAGAAACGCUAUGCUGCCAAUCCUUACAGCAUGGCCACUAUGCAUACAAUGGCCCACUAUAUCGAAGACACUGAACGUCUAUUCGCGAAGAAGCUGGAUGCGAUGUGCGCUUCCAAGGAUCAGUACUGCAAUUUUGGAAAUUGGCUUCACUAUUUCGCCUUCGACGUUCUUGGUGAGAUUGCUUUCUCUCGGAAGUUUGGGUUCCUUGAGUCCGGAUACGAUCUCGAAAAGGCGAUCAAGACGAUCGAUGACAUGCAGUGGUAUGACGGGAUCAUAGGUCAAAUUCCCGAAUGGGACUUUGCAUUCAGGCGCAAUCCGCUGUGGAAGCUGAUACCAUCCUUGAACACUGCCAACUUCUUGAUCACGCGGAUGGCAUUGCAAGAGAUGGAUCAGCGGAAAAAGCUCGGAAGCAAAGAGCUGGGUCGAAAGGACUUGCUGUCGCAACUCUUUGCUGCUCACGAGAAGGCGCCGGACGUCUUCAAGGAGGGCGAUGUGUUCGCUGUCGCCCACGGCGCCAUAUUUGCUGGGUCCGACUCCACCGCAUCUACCAUGCAGAGUUUCACCCACUGUGUCCUGCGCGAUCCACGGAUAUAUGCCAAGCUGCAGAAAGAGCUCGAUGAAGCCACGGCGUCGGGAAGACUCUCGGAAAUGCCGCAGUGGAACGAAGCACAAGCGCUGCCAUACUUUCAAGCCUGUCUCAACGAGGCGAUGCGCCUCCGCCCGGCGGUUGGUCUUGACAUCACACGGCUGAUCCCCGCCGAAGGUGCUGAAAUCGAUGGCCACAAGCUUCCCGGAGGCACCAGGGUGGCUCUGAAUGCAUGGGUGCUCCAUCGCGACGAAGACAUUUUCGGAAUCGACUCCAAGUCGUUUCGUCCUGAGAGAUGGCUGGAUGGCGACGCGAAGAUGAUGCAGCGCUAUAUGUUCCAGUUCGGCGGCGGCGCGCAUCUUUGCAUUGGCAAGAAUCUUGCCCUGCUGGAGAUGAACAAGACACUCCCUUUGCUGUUCCGUGACUAUGACUUCCAGCUGUUGCGACCGCAGGAGGAGCUGAAGUAUCACUCAACGUUCUUCGUGGUUCAUGAAGGGCUAGAAGUACGCAUUUCCAAGAGAACAACACGACCUUGAUAUUCUCUCCCAUGCCAAUAGUUCAGAUGUCGAGAAAGGCCAUUGAACGACAAACAUCAGCAUAGGGGCUGCUGCCACCCUACCAC